AUGUCACUCGAUGUCGACGCGAUCAUCGAGAAGCUUUUGGAGGUGCGGGGCACCAAGCCUGGAAAGCAAGUUCAGCUAGAGGAGAACGAUGUUAAGAAUCUCGCCCUGAAAAGCCGUGAGAUCCUCUUAGCUCAGCCCCCACUUCUGGAACUAGAGGCUCCUAUCAAAAUAUGCGGUGAUAUUCAUGGUCAGUACUACGACCUCAUCCGUCUCUUCGAGAGCGGUGGGUUUCCACCCACGGCAAAUUAUCUCUUCCUCGGCGACUACGUCGACCGAGGCAAGCAAGGUUUGGAGACUAUCUGCCUAGUUCUCGCGUUCAAAGUAAAAUUUCCAGAGAACUUCUUCAUCCUGCGCGGCAAUCAUGAAUGCGCCAGCAUCAACCGUAUUUACGGUUUCUUCGAUGAAUGCAAGCGUCGCUUCAACAUUCGACUUUGGAAGGCCUUCACCGAUACUUUCAAUUGCCUUCCCGUGGCGUGCAUUAUUGACGACAAGAUCUUCUGUUGCCAUGGUGGGCUCUGUCCGGAGCUUCAGACGAUGGAGCAGAUUAAGAAGAUCGCACGACCGUGUGAUGUAGCCGAUACCGGCCUCAUCUGUGAUUUGCUGUGGUCGGAUCCCGAGGAGGGCCUCAGCGGAUGGGGUGAAAAUGAUAGAGGCGUUUCUUUUACCUUUGGUCAGGAUAUAGUAGAAAAAUUUUUACGCCGGCACGACUUCGAUCUGAUCUGCCGUGCCCAUCAAGUCGUUGAGGAUGGCUAUCAGUUUUUUGCAAAGCGUCAGCUCAUCACUAUUUUCUCUGCCCCCAAUUACUGCAAUGAGUUUGACAACAGUGGUGCAGUAAUGUCUGUGGAUAGUGAACUCAUGUGCUCUUUUCAAAUACUAAAACCCGCUGUAAAAAAGCCUAAAUUUUACCAGUAA